CAACCCAAUCUAUGUCUCUCCACUUACCAUCAUCCAAAGCCGCCAACAAUUCCCCUAAACCUUCACGCUAGGUCACCUAAAAAUCCUCCAAAAUGUCGUCUCAAAAAGUCGCAAGUCACCGAGAAAACGCCGAGAUAUACCACGGCGAAGCCCUCUGCAAGCAGAAAUCUCGCGAGCUGCUGGAGAAGGUGUCGCUUCCGAAGGGACUCCUGCCCUUAGACGACGUCGUGGAGGUGGGCCACAAUCAGUCCACUGGCUUCGUCUGGCUCAAGCAGAAGAAGAAGACGCAGCACAGGUUCCGCCUCAUCGGCCGCAACGUUUCGUACGAUACGGAGGUGACGGCGUUCAUGGAGGACCGUCGGAUGCGGAAGCUGACAGGUGUCAAGAGCAAGGAGCUCCUGAUUUGGGUCUCCAUCUCAGAUAUCUACAUCGAUGACCCUUCCUCCGGCAAGAUCACCUUCGGUACCGCCGCCGGCAUUUCACGAUCGUUUCCGGUUUCGGCCUUCGAGGUUGAAGAUAAAAAGUAAAAUCUUUCUAUAUAUAUAUAUAUAUAUUUUUUUUUUUUUUUUUUUUUUUUUUUUUUUGCAAAAUAAGAAAAUGUGAAACGUUGUGAAACUGUUUUCGAUGUCUUUUAUGAAUUUACUUUCAGUUUGUGUUAGUGUUUUGAGAUUUGGGGUUUGUUUAGGAAAUUACAGUAAUUACUAAUUAUAGUCUUGUUUGUUAACUGUGA